AUGUCGACGUCAGUCCUGCAUCCAUGGCCAUGUGGACACAUCCGCCUGGCGUGUGGACUCCUGUUCCUCCUCCUCGCCUCCUCACCACUCCUUACUGCAGGGAGACUGAGCAACUGCACCCACCCUCUGGUGCCGGAACAUGGAGGUUUCCGCUGUGAUCCAUCUCCGUGUCGAGGUUUCCCUCAGAAGAGCUCCAUCCAUUUCUUCUGUGAGCCUGGUUACCACAUCAACAGGGCCCGUGUGUCCAGGUGUCGCCAAGGCAAGUGGCAGCCUCCGAUUCCUACCUGCAUCCCUAUCAAAGAAGGUCCCAACAUGAACCCUGAUGACAGAUCAAACGACUCGAUGCCCAGCAUGGCUACCACCGCGGUGGGCGUGUCCAUCUUCUUGCUCACCACCACGGCCUGCCUGGUUGCCAAGUCCCGCCUCUAUCCCUGUCAAUCGCACAACAGCCGUCGAUCCUCUGACCAACUUGACCUGAUGGUGGACGGACUUCCUGUCUCUCUUCCAUCCUACGAGGAGGCGAUGUAUGGCAGCUGGGGACAGCGUCUUCCGGCCUGCUCAGCACCAGGACCCACCCAGCUCCUUUUGGCUCAGGAGGCUCCCGUGUGCCACCAGCUGUCCCGCUGCAACCAGUCGGACAACAGCCACCGCCCCCUGCUGUCCUCCCAAAGCCCUGACAACCCCCCGCCCCCAUAUGAGGAGGUGCAGUCAUCGCGUCUCAGAGACAGGACGAGUGAUGGGGACAUGCGGCAGCUACAUGUUGCCGAGGACAAAGACACUUGAUUGACUGACUGUCAGGUUCAUUUGUGACUACACUUCGAGCACACGGCCUGCAGCUGUGAAACAGUGAAAGCAUGAUUUUGAUUGACAGCUAAGUGUUGCUGUGUUUACAAUGCACAUGAUGGCUUAUAGCAUAAAAACACAGAACAUGGACAUGACUGCAGACUCCUGUGCUGCCUGCACUUUCCCUUGCUGGCUGCAGCUCAUAAGGAUUAGGACACUUGGGUCCUGUCACACGCUGUUUUAGAUGAAGCUGAUAAGCUGUGAUUGGCCAGAGGUUGGGUCACAAAGGCCCAACUAAAGAAGACUGAGGUGCAUUAAUUAAUUAAUUAAAUGUUGAUUGUAUAGUAUUAAUUGCUUGUACAGCACGAGGAAGGAGUUUAUGUACACAUGUGUCUCUGCUGUCAGGUGAAAAGCUUAUAUCCAGAGUCUCAUCUCUCAGGAGUAAAACCGCCUUGUUUUUAUUGUGAUGACACAAAUAAUGUUUUUAAAAAGAUCCUUCAUU